AUGGAACUUUCCAAUUUGAAAUCUGCUCUUGGGAAGAAGCGUAGAGAAGGGGAACAUGCACCUCUACGACCACUGACCAAAAUGCAGCGUGUUCAUAUCGAUCAACUUGUUGAGAACUAUGGACAUGACUACAGGGUUGGUUGCCAAUUCUUAUUUUUGGAUUUGUAUAAUGUUUGUGGUGGUAGUAUGAUUCACUUGGACUUCAUUCGUUUGCAGGGUAUGUUUAUGGACAUAAAACUAAACGCCAUGCAGCAUUCAGUUGCAACUCUUGAGAAAUUAUGCAAAAGAUAUCAUAUGCAUAACGAGAAAAAUCCCUUGAUAAGAAGUACUCAGGAUCAUUGA